AUGCACGAGCUCGAGUGCCACUGCUGGCGCGCGAACGAUCGAAACGCGCGCCUACAGGAGGGCGUCGCGGAGUUCUUCGCCAACGCGCGCCCGGAGCUGGAGGGGUGGAAGGACGCGCUUCUGUCGCGCGACGACCUGUUCGCCUCGAGCGCGAUCACCGUGGGCAUGGGCAGCGUCCACGCGCAACUCAUGCUCGUGACCAAAGGGAUGGACGGGCCCGACGGCGUGUCCAAGGCGUCCGCGGGGGCGCCGACGCCCGGGAAGGAGCUCGAACGGCGCGCGCGUCGGUUCGAGCAGAACGCGCGCGGGAAAGGCGGCGAAAAGCUCUCGGACGACGACGACGAGUACGACGACGAGAACGCGUCGCCCGGGUCCCGAGGCUUCCGAGGCUUCGGGAAGGCGGGCGUCGCGGCGUCGCUCGGGCUGCAAUCGCUCCGUCGGAACCUCCCGACGGACCCGCGAGACGUCGCCGACGCGGUGGAGUCGCCGGACCGAGACGCGCGGCGAAGCGAACGCGCGGCGGCGGUGCGAGCGUCGUACACGCGUCCGGAGCGCGCGAGCCGGACCGCCGCCGCGUCGGGGUACCCCGAGGAGCGCGGAAGCUGGAACGACGUGGAGAACGGAGGCGCGGCGGCGGCGGCGGCGACGACGACGACGCGACGCGCGCGGCGGUCCGCGGCGCUCGACGCCGACGACGCAGACGUCACCGCGCCGCGGACGUCGCGCAGAGACCGUCGCGGCGGCGGCGUCGUCUCGACCGGAUCGAGUUUGCUGAGCGAGCGCCGCGCCGCGCGCCAUCCCGCGGCGGGGACGGACGGCGACGGGUCCGGAGCCGUCGCGCCGCGGUCGAGAACGGCGUUGUCGCACGAGGUGGAGAGCAUCGAGGACGCGCCGUUAAACGGCGACGGCGGCGCCGCCGACGUCGUCGCGGCGUCGAGGCGGGAAGCGAGGAGCGCGAGGCUGGCCGCCGCGGGCGGCGGCGGCGGCGGCGGCUCGCACUCGCCCGUGGACGACGCCGCGGGGGUGGAGGCGAGGCGGCGGUAUCUGGACAUCGAGCCGGGCGGGCGUCGGCGGCGAAACGCGCCGCUGUGA